CCUACGUACAGUCUACUCCUAGAACUUGAAGAAGGGGACAGUAGAUUCACGAGCUGAUUUGCUUCCUGUCCGGAGUAAAAGGGGCGCCAAUAACGAAGCUGGGGACGGAGGGGCAAGCUGGUGGAGCAGACAGCAGCGCAUGGCAGGAGCUCUUCCUCCGUGGCUUUCUUUGUGACACUGAGAAUUCGAAAGCUUAAGGUGCUUGCGCUGACUGCGGUAAACUUUGCCCCAGCCCUUAGCUGCUCCUGCGCUGGGACGUUGUUUCACUCUUUAAAAACAUGCAUGGGAUUCAGCCGGGUGCGAACCGGGGGUUGACAUCUGUCUACCAAAUAUUGGAAGUUGAGAUUAUGAGGACACCCAAUAGGCGCCACGGCUUAAUUCAAUGGUCAGGACCAAAAGACUGAGUGUAUCUACCAAAUCUCAGUGCAGAUACAGGUCUGCUUGCGUUGAUGCCAGCCGCAGCAUCUUACUUAAUCUAGGUUCAGGGAUCUUCCAAGCUUGCGAGCAACUAUUUUCUUGGUAAAGAUGGACUUCUGUCCAACCUGCGCCAACUUGCUUCUGGUCGAAGGAGGCAACAUGGGGGAACUCCGCUACUUCUGCCAGACAUGUCCAUAUGUGUACACCAUAAAAGCAAAGAUGAAGAAUAAGCUGCCUCUGGCCAGAAAAGAAGUGGACGAUGUCCUCGGGGGUGAAGAGGCCUGGCGGAACGUGGAUAAGACGGAAGCCACCUGUCCGAAGUGCAGAUAUGGGGAGGCGUACUUCAUGCAGAUCCAGAUUCGGUCCGCGGACGAACCCAUGUCUACGUUUUACAAGUGCUGCAAACCCGAAUGCUCGCACCAGUGGCGGGAAGGAUAACCAAGGGCGGUCAACCUACCUUUGAAACAUUAGCAGGACCCAUGUUGGAGCGAUAGACAUGUCAGAAAAAGGUUUUGUGUACUGAGAACACGUGACAGGGUUCCGGUCCAAUACGGUUGCCCACAAAGAUCCCCUCCGCUUUCGUAAAGGUCGAUAGAAACGGCCACCGAUCUGAACCGAUUGGGCUACACGAAGAUUGUACUUGGCUUGGCAUCCACACUCGAGACAAGCCUGAAGUCGAAAGGAAGCAGUUUGCGCAGCAAAAGUUACAAUUCUGGCUAGCAAAUCUUCCAAGUGCUAUAACCACAGCUCUAGCUGGCGUGUAUUGAGGACUCAAGCUUAUUGCAAAAGGGUGGCGCGGCACUUUACAAACAUCGAGUUCAAACGCGCUUACUCGCUCAAAGCGUUACCCACCAGGUGCUCGGCCAGCCACUUUCUAUUACACUUGUAGCGUGCACAGCAUCGGGUCACGACGGUCAGACUUUGCUCACUACGUUGAUUUCAAUGGUAU